AUGAAGAUAACUAUAUGGGGUGAAUUAGCGACUACUAUUGAGGAUGGAAUGCUAGAUAGUAACCAAAAUGUCGCAGUGGUCAUAAUAAUCACUGGAACAUUUGUGAAAGAGCGCAUGGGUUUCAUUAGUAUUUCCACCACACAAGCAUCACGAAUAUUUGUGAAUUUGGAUAAUGAACAAGUUCAGGAAUUUAGAAUGCGACUUGGAAAAGAAACUGAAGAGAUAGAAGAGAUACACCUUGAACAAGAGAAAGAUCCUUUUGAAGACAAAAUUACCCUAUAUGAAGCCAGUCAAAUGCUGCUAGACUAUGAAAAUAAGAACAAGGAGUUUUUUUGUGAAGCAUCCAUUGUCCGAUUCAACGAGGGAAAGGGUUGGUACUACAUUGCUUGCAAAAAAUGCAAAAAACAAGUGCAAAACAACGAUGGAAAGAUUUCUUGCCCCAAAUGCAUAAAGACCUUUGAUGGAAAAGUACUGCCAUGGUACUGGAUCACAGUAAGGAUCAAGGAUAACACAGUAUAUGCGGAUUUAACAAUUUUCGGAUUUAAUGUAGAGAAAAUGUUGAAAUAUACUGCAGCUGAACAUGUCGACUACGCUGAGCGUUGCGAGAAGCUAGAAGAACCAGACAAAGCUACACAGGUGUUUGAUAAGCUGAUUGGAGAAAAGUUCGGAUUUAAGCUAAAGAUAACCGAAGAAAACAUCCAGAAACAGUCCGACGAUUAUACAGUUUUGAAAGUUCAUACUAUUGUUAAAAAAAAGAAGACCGCCAGUGACCAAUUGGGUCCGAAAACACCACAAAAAGAAAAACAACAGAAGAUCAUGCUUUUAGAGAAUGAAAAACAUCAAAAAAGAAAUAAGCUAAGGCGUAUGGUAGAUUCAGAAGAUGAUAAGGAUGAAAAAGAAGAUGAAACCUUGAACAUGAAUAGGUUAGACGAAGAACUCCUUUAUGGGGCAAGAGGUGUUUUACUAUUUAUUUUAUUUUUUGAAAAGAGAUAUCUUGCGUGUUUCUACAGCGAAAACUUGGAAGAUAAAGUUGUUGUAAUUACUGGUUCUUCAUCUGGAAUUGGAGAGCUGCCUAAUGAAAUAUAG